GGCCACGCCGGACCUUGAGAGGAAGGUUGUCGCUGUCCUUUCCUUCUUCGCCGUCGAAAAGAUGGACUUGCGGUCGUGGUUCCUGCUUCUCGCCCUCGGGUGCACGUGCCGGCCCGAGCGGGAAUCGGGGGCAUACACGGAGUUCUCCGAGCUGUGUCCCCCGUGUUGCUACGUCAAGUACCCCAUCCAGUGUCGGUACAUGUGCCUGUGCGAGGUGCGGUUCGAGAGACCCGGCUUUCAAAUAAUGCUCAGGAGACGCUGAGGAAAACGCAUUCUCAGAAGAAAUCCGUGAUAGAAUCCCCAUGAAUUCGGUGCCUCCUCUCUUUCCCCAUUCCGAAAACUCUGUCAUCAUCGAGUCGGCGAGAGAGGUAGCAGACCUUCCUGUCUUCAAACCGACGGAAUCCAUCGAGAAGAUGCAUUCCGGUCCAUGGAAUGCAUCUUCUCGAUGCACUCAGGUAAACACGACCCACAUCCGACCGGAGACAACGGCCCCAAACGCAUUACCACUCGCCGCUACACACUCGCUUCCAUUUCCUGUCGCCGGUCUCUUCCCAAGCCUUCGGGGCCGAUUCGGAGACCGCCCCCACAAGAAAAAUGGGUCGGCUGGGUCAUCUCGACCUUGCACGAUGGAGAAAAAGGUCGAAGAAAAGAAGGUAUUUUCGGUUGAAGUCUUUCGUGUUGCGUUUAUUUAUGUGAGGAAAUGAAGGUCGCAGAUGCAACAGCUCACGUGGGA